CUGCAGGACCAUGAGAAGCAGUACGUGGGCUUUGCCACUCUGCCGAACCAGGUCCACCGGAAAUCUGUGAAGAAAGGUUUUGACUUCACCCUGAUGGUCGCAGGAGAGUCGGGUCUGGGCAAAUCCACGCUGGUGAAUAGCCUGUUCCUGACAGACCUCUACAAAGACAGAAAGCUGCUCAACGCAGAGGAGAGAAUCAACCAGACAGUGGAGAUUGUGAAGCACACGGUGGACAUUGAGGAGAAGGGUGUCAAGCUGAAGCUGACCAUAGUGGACACACCAGGCUUUGGAGAUGCUGUUAACAACACUGAGUGCUGGAAGCCCAUCACUGACUACAUUGACCAGCAGUUUGAACAGUAUUUCCGUGAUGAGAGCGGCCUGAACAGGAAGAACAUCCAGGACAACCGAGUGCACUGCUGCCUCUACUUCAUCUCACCCUUCGGGCAUGGGCUGAGGCCCGUGGAUGUCGAGUUCAUGAAGGCUCUGCAUGAGAAGGUCAACAUUGUGCCCCUCAUUGCCAAAGCCGACUGCCUGAUCCCCUCCGAGAUCCGGAAGCUAAAAGAGAGGAUCCGGGAAGAGAUUGACAAAUUUGGCAUUAAAGUGUACCAGUUUCCCGAGUGUGACUCUGAUGAAGAUGAGGAGUUCAAGCAGCAAGACAGAGAGCUGAAGGAGAGCGCUCCCUUUGCCGUCAUUGGCAGUAACACUGUGGUGGAGGCAAAAGGCCAGCGAGUCCGUGGACGGCUCUACCCGUGGGGCAUUGUGGAAGUGGAAAACCAGGCACACUGUGAUUUUGUGAAGCUGCGGAACAUGCUGAUACGGACACACAUGCAUGACCUGAAGGAUGUCACUUGCGAUGUCCACUAUGAGAACUACCGAGCUCAGUGCAUCCAGCAAAUGACCAGCAAGCUGACUCAGGACAACAGGAUAGAGAGCCCAAUUCCUAUCCUGCCUCUCCCAACACCGGACACUGAGACGGAGAAGCUGAUCAAAAUGAAGGAUGAGGAGUUACGGCGGAUGCAAGAGAUGCUGCAGAAGAUGCAGCAGCAGAUGCAGGAUCAGUGAGAGGCAGGUACUCGGAGGGCAGAGGGAAUUCCCCAGUGACCAUCUGAGGCCUGGCAAGAGCUGUGGACGUUUAGAAAAGGUUUCCUGUUGUAUAGAGACUUGUGGGCAAGAGCUGUACCCGCACCCUCUAAUUUAUUAGCAGCAAUGCUGGCUUUGCGGUCAGCUAGAUUGUGGAGGAGGCUGUUCACUUAACAGUUUACUGAUGUGUAUUUUUCUUUUUUAAUAAUUAUUUUCUUUUCUUUUUUCUUUUUUCUUUUUUUUUUUAAAAGAAAAUAGCCUGGGAAGUCUCUAAGGCAUCCUAAAAAAA